ACGCCUCAAUUGAAGUGAUUGUUUUUGAAAAACAUUAAACAAAUAUCCUCCGAUUGCCGGAAUCGGACGCCCGAUAGCACCCAGCGUUCUCCUGGUCCGUGGUCUGAUGUUUUGCCGGGCUGAUAAGAACCCCGUCUACUUUGAUCGGCGCUCCUUUGGCAACGCGAAAAAGAUGUACACGUCGCGACCCACGGAAGUACUUAAAUUGAUGGCAUUCUGGUGUGUGCUCAGCGUUGUCGCCGCCCAACCCAACAACCUCGGCAGCGGCACUGAACAGAGAUCCGCUAAUAACGGUACCGCCGCUAGUUCACGGUUGACCGAUCAUGAGUAUGGCUACGUUUCCAGCUGGCCCAUUCUCGAUCGUAAACUGGGCUCCGUCUCGGCGGUAGCGAUCGACGGUGCCACUGGAAGUGUGGUGAUCUUCCACCGUGGCUCACACGUCUGGGGACCGGCUUCGUUCGAUUUGGACGACAAUUUUCUGAACGCAACCGCUGGUCCAAUCACUCAGCACACCGUCCUAGCGUUUAACCGGACUACCGGCAGCCUGCUGCAGGAAUGGGGUGAAAAUAUCUUCUAUAUGCCGCACGGAUUGACGAUCGAUCACGAGCAGAACUACUGGCUCACGGAUGUGGCGCUACAUCAGGUGUUUAAAUUCAACGUGGCGCAUUCGACCAAGGAACCCGUGCUUACGCUAGGGCAGCGCUUUCAGCACGGUAACGAUCUGUACCACUUUUGUAAACCAACUUCGGUGGCGGUGCUAGCGAGUGGGGAGUUCUUCGUGGCCGACGGGUACUGCAACGGGCGGAUUGUGAAGUACACGCCCGACGGUAUACCGAUAUUGUCGUGGGGACGGAAUUCGUUCGUGCUCACGCGCCAAUUCAACCUACCGGAUGGUCCGGUUCCGGAAAGUUACUUUGCAAUUCCGCACGCCCUAACGCUCGUUCCCGAUCGGGCAUUGCUCUGCGUGGCGGACCGAGAGCAGGGUCGCGUGCAGUGUUUCCACACGGCCAACGGUACCUUCCACUCGCAGUUUAGUGAUCCUGAAAUCGGUACGCGUCUGUUUAGCGUCAAGUACGUGGCGCAGAACGGUGGUCUUUUGUACAUCAUCAAUGGGCCGCAGUUUACCCUCGAUCGUAAGCCGAUCGUUGGGACGAUCCUAGCGAUGGGCAGUGGCCGUUUGGUGGGUCACUUUCGGCCCGAUAACAUGGGCCACGCUUUCAGUAACCCUCACGAGCUGGCCGUUACGGACGAUGGUGCAGAAGUGUACGUAGCCGAGCUGGAUCCUCAGAUGGUACACAAAUUUCGAAGGAUCACGUCGCCAACGACCGUCACGCUACCGACGACGACGGUGGAGGCACUCCAAGAGCAACACGCCAGUGCUGCGCUACAGAGCCAAGCCAAACCAGAGCAGACCAUUCGAAGCCCGGUGGCCGAGGUUACCAGCAGUGCACUAACAGUCGGUACGAUCGGAGUGUUUUCAAUCGUAAGCACGCUGCUGGUGACGAGCUUUUUAGUGAUGCUGCUGUCGCGCGUCAUCUGUUUCCGAAACGGACCCGAUCGGACGGAUGAGGUUGCAUUGCAGAAUAUGAACGAGGAGAUUUGA